AUGGGGGUGGCAUCGGGGCAGCUGUGCGUGGGCGCCGAGGCCUGGCCCAGAGCUGGCGUAGAGGAGGCCCUGGCCUGCAGGGGACCCCGGACUUCCAAGGGUCUCACCGUCGCCCCUUGCCCUGCCCAGGUGCUGGCGGCCGAGGAGAACGUGGACUUCCGGAUCCACGUGGAGAACCAGACGCGGGCUCGGGACGAUGUGAGCCGUAAGCAGCUGCGGCUGUACCAGCUCUACAGCCGGACCAGUGGGAAGCACAUCCAGGUCCUGGGCCGCAGGAUCAGCGCCCGUGGCGAGGACGGGGACAAGUAUGCCCAGCUCCUAGUGGAGACAGAUACCUUCGGCAGUCAAGUCCGGAUCAAGGGCAAGGAGACGGAGUUCUACCUGUGCAUGAACCGGAAAGGCAAGCUGGUGGGGAAGCCCGACGGCACCAGUAAGGAGUGCGUGUUCAUCGAGAAGGUCCUGGAGAACAACUACACGGCCCUGAUGUCGGCCAAGUACUCCGGCUGGUACGUGGGCUUCACCAAGAAGGGGCGGCCGCGGAAGGGCCCCAAGACCCGGGAGAACCAGCAGGACGUGCACUUCAUGAAGCGCUACCCCAAGGGGCAGGCGGAGCUGCAGAAGCCCUUCAAGUACACCACGGUGACCAAGCGGUCCCGGCGCAUCCGCCCCACGCACCCCGGCUAGAGGCACAGAGAACUGCACCAGAGGAAUAUUUUUACAUGAAAAAGAAGGAAGAAGCUCUAUUUUUGUACAUUGUGUUUCAAAGAAGACAAAAACUGAACCAAAACUCUUGUGGGGGGGGGAGGGAGGGGGGACGAUAAGGAUUUCAUUGUUGACUUGAACCCCCCCCGCCCCCCCGCCGAUGACAAAGACUCACGUCACGCAAAGGGACUGUUGUCAGCGCACAGGUGCUUGUCUCUCUCAAAACAGACAACUCUAAACGCGUCCCCGGAGGAGGAGGACUUGAAUGAGGAAAACGACACUCUGAGAAACCAAAGUCCUUUUUCCCAAAGGUUCUGAAAGCAAAAGAAAAAAAAAGCAAAAAAAAAAAAGUAGUAAACCACCCCCCGCCCCUACACAAAGAACUCCCCCUCUUUUCCAAUCUCCUGUCCUUGCCCCAAACUCCAACAAAAAUCGCUCUCUGGUUUGCAGUCAUUUAUUUAUUGUCCGCUGCAAGCUGUCCCGAGACACCGCGCAGGGAAGGCGUGCCCCUCGGAAUUCUCGGCGCCUCGACCUCCGACGACAGACGGCCUCGUCCAAUCACGGUGACCCUGCCUUGCUCGCAGCCUGCAGGAUGCUGCUAUGGACCUUCCGUGACCCACGUGACCUAGCACACCAAUGAUAAGGGAAUAUUUUAAAACCAGCUAUAUUAUAUAUAUUAUAUAUAUAUAAGCUAUUUAUUUCACCUCUCUGUAUAUUGCAGUUUCAUGAACCAAGUAUUACUGCCUCAACCAUUAAAAACAAUCGACAAAUUAUUUAAAAAA